CCCCCCCCCUCCCCCCCUCUUCUUCCUCCCUUUCCCUUUCCACAUGGGAUCUUAGCGGAGUGCUUCCCCACCGAGGUCUCCUUCCAAGCCGAGUCCAGCUAGCUGGAGCCCCCUCGCCCCGGAUGGGAGAGGCGUCCCCGGCUCAGUCGGCCGCCGGCGCCUUCGCCCCCAUGCCGGCGGGCGUCAGGGGCUCGGCGGUGCCGCAGCUCCACAGCGCCAUCGUGGAGCGCCUCCGCGCCCGGAUCGAGCUGUGCAGGCGGCACCACUCCACCUGCGAGGAGCGCUACCUCCGCGGCCAGGCCGAGAGGGCGGACCGGGAGCAGGAGAGAACGCUGCGGCUGCUCGACGUCGCGCAGCAGCGGGGGCAGGCCACGGCCACGGGGACGCGCAGGAGCAAGGGCGGCCGCGGGGCUGCCGGCCAGCCGCCCCCGGAGUACGGCGCCUGCGGGGCGGCCGCCGGCGAGCGCAGGCGCGCGGAGGGGGACCACAAGAUGUCCACGCGCAUCGCGCUUCAAGGGUCCUUACGGCGGAAGCUGGAGGGACACGCCCCCAGUCAAAACUGCGUCUCCGACAAUUUCUCCGGCUCCGACUUCAAGCGAGUCCGGCUGGAGGCCGGCGGUGGUCUGGGACCAGGCCCCCGCAACCACAACUUAAGCCACGCCCACUCCUUGCAAGCCGCCCCGGCUCAUCAGAGGAAGAACUACGUGAUGCCGGACGUCUUCAACGUGACCCUGAAGGAGAUGAAGAAGGAGCCCGUGGAGGCUCAGUCAUCGUGCGACCGUUCCCACCCCGACGCCAUCUUCGACUUCAAGGACGAGGGCGGCGGUCAGAUCGACCCGGAGCUGCAAGAUCUUUUUGACGAGCUGACCAAAUCGGUGCCGCCCCUCAACGACCUGGAUUUUGAGAAGAUGCUGAAGCAGGAUGACGCCUUCGGUCUGGACCUGGGCCGCCCCAGCUCAGUGGGCCUGUGCUCCCCCAUGGAGAGGCCCAUCAAGAUGGAACAGUCGCCGGAUUACGCUCAGGUCCACGGGGGCUCGCCCCAGCUCCGACCGGCCUCGGCGGGGCCCUCGUUUGCGUUGACCGCCUCCCCCGCUAGUGCCCCCGUGACGCAGAAGGCCGGCACGCAGGCAGGCCCCCCCAGGUCCCUGCCCUGCUGGCCGGAGAUCUCCCACGCGGAGCAGCUGAAGCAGAUGGCGGCCAACCAGCAUCAGCCCAGCACGCAUCUCCACCCCCAACACCACCACGUGGCACCCGCAGGUCUUGCGGGUUGGGGCCCCAAAAUGGGUCCCACCUUUCAGGACAAGGGGGCGCGGCCGAGGCUCCCCCAGCAGAGCAAAGACAUCAACAACUGCCUUUUCAAGUCCAACGGCGUCCACCACGUGAAGAUGAAGCCGCUCGUCGCCAAGCCCUCGCUGCACUUCAGCCCCAAGCCGCCGCCCUCCUCGGGGCACAUGAUGUCCCUGAUGGCGGGCAACAAAAGCACCAACCACCACCAGCUGCAGCUUUCACCUCCAGACGCCCAGAACCAAACGAACCCGCCGCCUCCGCUACUCCAUUUCCACAAUCAGCAGCAGAUGUCAUCGUCGCCCGCUCUCCUACACGGCGGAGCUCUGUCCUUCAAACUGAGCCAACAUCACCAGGGUGUCUCUUCUGGACCAGGGCUACCCACCAACGGAAUUGUGGGCCAGCCGCACCCCACGGUGCCCGCCCACCGGCUGAAGGGUUCCGUCAAUUCUCCCACCGUGCACAGACAGCUUAGCCAACCACAGAGAGCCGUCAGCACCUCAGACAAAGACAACUCACAGGAUCAAUUCAACCGUCAUCUCACCAGGCCGCCACCGGAUUAUAAAAGAAGUGUGGUGGGCGUGAACAUCUUCCCAGGUCCAAAUCCAUCCCAGUCUUCCAGCGCUGGCUCGGAGAAAGACCUUCAGUCAAUGUCCUGCCACCAUCCCAGUGUAUCUUCUUCCCAUGUGAACUCGUCAGACCAGCGCUUCGACUGUCACCCCCCGUCCUGCAUCGGACAAUAUCCCAAUCCCAACCGAAUGGCGCUGACCCAAAAUAAGGCGAGAUUCUUGGCCCCCAACACUCAAGGGAACUCCUUCGGGAUGACUAACGUAGCUCGUGGGCCACACCCGAGGCCCACAGCAGACCCGCAUUCCUCCAGGCUCCCGGGACAGCCGCCGGGGGGCAUGAUGGCCAACAUGAGCUGGUGCUCGGCCGGCAAGCCCACCGGGCUCAGGCGCCAAGUCGGCACGCUGGAGCCGCCGCCAAACCAUCAGUAUCAACAGAGGGCCGUCGGACCUCCCAGCCAGGUGGCGCCGGACCUCCAGAUGAUGAUCAGGGAGGCCGGGUCCAGACCGGCCCAGCCGCACUUGAACCAACCCUCUCCGGAGCAGCGGGUUCCGGCUGCGGGUAACUUAGUGGAGGCCGCUUCCGGCGGCUACCAAAGCGGCCGCGCCAACCGCGUCACCUUCGACUUCCUCCCCGAGGGAGACAACACCGUCCCGGGUAUUAACACGGACUCUGAUUUCAUCGACUCGCUGCUCAAGUCGGGCUCGGGGAACGACGACUGGAUGAAGGACAUCAACCUGGAUGAGAUUCUGGGAAGUCACGUAUGAGAGCGGUCCGAAGAGACAACAAUUGAUACAUUUUGAAUUUCAUACACUCCAAAAUGUUUCCUUUCCGAGUAUUCCUAAAUGUUUUGUAUUUACUGUGAAAGGAAUACACGUCUACUACUACUACUACUACUACUACUACUACUACAUGUUGUCAUAUGGACCUUUUCAUGAUAAACAAUAGGAGCCAGGGUACUUCCGGGUGGGUGAAAGUGAUUGACCACCGCUGACUUGAACUGAAAAUAAUGAAAACAAAAUAUUUGAGUAAUUGAGUAAAACAUUACAGCUAGUCGGCUAACAUCAGCUAUCACACUAAUCAUUUCAGCGUCAAAAAUGUUUGUCCCAUUAAUCUGAGCAACAGGAAAAAUCAUUUAGCAAUUAUCCUGUUAACUGCGUCUGAAUUUCCACCACGUCAAUUUUUUAAUCGACUUACCUCUUGAAAUGUAAAUAAUAAUAAUAAUUUACCUGACGUAACCUCUUAUUUUCGACUGAUUUUGAAUGUUCACACAUUGAAAUUAUGGCGUGAGAGAAGAAGGCGAAUAUCAUUCAAGCAGUUUACUGUUUUUUCAAUCGCUCAGCAUUGGUCAAAAGACUUGUAAGGGUUUGUUUACGAGUCGUGCAAUCGGAGUUUUAGCCAACCGGAAGUACGUCAUGGUGAAACGGUCUGUAGGACAAAAAAAUAAAAAUAAGUUCACACUGUGAAAAUGUUGUUGUGGUGUUGCGUUCAAGUUCAUUCACAAUAAUCAUUUUUUUUUUACUCUUGUUCAUGCUGUGCAAGGUUUUUUUUUUUUGGUUUUUUUUUGGGGAAAUUUAUAUAUGUGGUCGUUUUUGGAUUAUAUUUUAAUGAUGUUACCAUUGUUUCCCAUGUUCUAUUUAAUAAAUAUUGGGAUAUUAACAAGACAGUUCUGUAAAAUACAAUGAAUAAAUGAAACGUUUGACUA